AGGCAUAACAUGUUUUAUAUACACGAUUGUUUUCUUUUUUCAUCAACCCUAUUUUGAUUUUAGUUUAUCUAAUAGCGCUGCCUAAGCACGUUUGCAUGCGUGCUUAUAUUCAGAUGUGUCGCCUGCGUGUUAGGUCUAUGGGUAGUGUCGCUGUGUAGUGGUUAAGCUGGUGAAUUAAAUUUGGAAAUGUGUGUGUCAGUCGCAGGUUCGCAGAAGUUUGCAAUGGUUGAAGGGACGCAAAGGACGCAAAGAAGUGUGAGUGAAGUGAGGUCAAGUCAGUGAGGUUAUGUUCGUGGUACCAGUCAUUUCGUUGAUUCCGUUUUCGUAAGUGAACAAAUAAAUAGUGAAUACCUUCUGUGAACUAAAAACCCGAUUUUCCAAUGAUUGUUGGGUGACAGUAAAAGUCAUCGGGUUUCCCUGCCCCAGAAAGUGUGGACGUAAAGUGUAACAAGCGUGUUGUUAUUGAUAUUUAAGAAAGUGGUUUCAUCCUGUGAUCAAGCACAAUGAACCCAAAAGAAAGGGAAAAAUAUAUCGAAGAAUUCAAUUUUCCCUUUUGUGAAGAGGCCACCAGCAAAUAUGAGAAAGUUGCAAAGAUCGGUCAGGGCACUUUCGGGGAGGUUUUCAAAGCCAAGGAUAAGCCAACGGGUAAAAAGUUCGUGGCUAUGAAGAAAGUAUUAAUGGAAAAUGAAAAGGAAGGUUUUCCGAUAACUGCACUGAGAGAGAUAAGGAUACUCCAACUACUCAAGCACGAAAAUGUAGUCAAUUUAAUAGAAAUCUGUAGGACAAAAGGUACGCAAAAUAACAAAUAUCGCUCGACAUUUUACCUCAUAUUCGAUUUCUGCGAGCAUGACCUUGCAGGUUUAUUAUCCAACAUGAAUGUCAAAUUCAGUUUAGGAGAAGUUAAAAAAGUUAUGCAACAACUUUUAAAUGGCUUGUACUACAUUCAUAGCAAUAAAAUUCUACAUCGAGAUAUGAAGGCUGCAAACGUUCUUAUAACAAAGACCGGCAUUUUAAAGCUUGCCGAUUUUGGACUUGCUCGUGCCUUUAGCAUGAAUAAAAAUGGCCAAGCGAAUCGUUAUACAAACCGGGUAGUUACCCUCUGGUACAGACCCCCAGAACUGUUACUCGGCGAUAGAAAUUAUGGGCCGCCGGUAGAUCUAUGGGGGGCAGGAUGUAUCAUGGCUGAAAUGUGGACAAGAUCACCCAUUAUGCAAGGCAAUACAGAACAGCAACAGCUGACUCUGAUUUCUCAAUUGUGUGGUUCGAUCACACCUGACGUUUGGCCAGCUGUAGCAGAUCUGGAUCUCUACAAUAAAAUGGAACUGAUCAAAGGACAAAAGAGAAAAGUGAAAGAGAGACUCAAACCAUACGUGAAAGACGCAUAUGCUUGUGACCUUCUGGACAAGCUGUUGUUAUUAGACCCCGUGAAAAGGUACGAUUCCGACUCGGCACUAAAUCAUGAUUUCUUUUGGACGGACCCCAUGCCUUGUGAUCUUAGCAAAAUGUUGGCUCAACAUACUCAGAGCAUGUUUGAAUACCUGGCCCCGCCGAGAAGAUCAGGUCAUUUGAGACAUCCACAUCACCCAGUCACGGGCGGACCUUCCAAACCCAGCACAAGUAUCGCGGAAAGUGGAUAUCAAGAUCGUGUUUUCUAGCAAAUUAAAAUAUGUUAAUUGCUUCGGUUGGUACUGUCUUUGUGCAUCGACAUCGUUAGAUUUUGAUGCUACGCAUUUAAUAGUACUACGUGAGCUCUAUUAUAUAAGUUAAUUUAUACUUACUCGGAUAUUGUUGAACCGAGGUACUGUUUAACAUUUAAACACGUGAAACCUUUAAGAUUAGACAUUCAAGAUAGCCUUUGAUUUUUCUAUGACAACCUGUGACAUAAGAUUUCAAAGUAGAUUUCUUUAA